AUGUCACCACCUCAACCACAGUCUCGAUCUAAGCAGCCGACGUCUAGUUCUCAAACACAGCCAGGAUCGCAGCAGCGUUCGUCAUCGCAGAUUCGAACUCCGCAAGUGGUCAUAGAGACGAGACGACCGUCAUCACAGAAUCAGGUCACACCGGUGACUUCUCGAACGCCGGUUUCUGCUCCGCGAGAACCUUCAGCUAUAGACUUGCAACCUGUCCUUCUAGGAUUGGCCGACCAGUAUAUAAGCAAGGCUCACGGAAUGUCUUCGUACCUCGCUCGCAAUCCCCAAGAAGCAGAUGUCGAACAGUACUAUAGCCUCAUAUCUGCUGGUCUUGGUUGCAUGGAGUCAGUGCUGAAGAAUUGGAAAUUUCCGGAUCCCAAAAUGGAAGCGCGACUCCAACUCAGAUAUGCGAAUCUGCUUCUUGAAGAGACGGAAAACGACGGAGAGUUGCAGGAUUUAUUAACCAGAGGUAUUGCGCUAUGCGAGCGCAACAGACUGGUCGAUCUGAAAUACAGUAUGAAACAUGUUCAGGCCCGAUCACUGUUCCGUACCCAUCCUCGAUCGGCGUUCAAGAUGGUGGAUCAGAUGAUUGAGCUUACUGAAACAUACGCUCACUACCCCUGGAUGUACGUCUUCCGAUUCUUACGGGUGUCAUUCUCAUUCCAGAUGCCACACCCGGACCUAUCCGGAGCCUUGCAACAUCUACGACGUAUAUCUCAACAAGCGGAGAAGCAAAGACAGUACCCGAUACUUGCCACAUGCUCAGCCCUGGAAGCGUUAGUGCAUUUGAGGAGUGGGCAAGCAGAUUCGGCGGAUAACUUUCAAAGAUCUCUAGCGGCAGCUCGUACUCACCAGUUGAAUCGUGAUGUGGCUGGCAUAUCUCAAAUCGCAGCUUUGCUCGACUGCCUGGACUUAUGCAGCGACUUGAUAAACGGCAAACCCGACCAGCUAAUGGAGAAAAUGAACGUUAUGCAGAAGGCGCUGGAUGGUGGCAAGAGGAAGACUGCUUCUGAUGGAUCUUUCUGCGUGCCGACGACAGAUAGCGCGCCGGAAGACAUCUCCCUUGACACAGGCGGCGUCAUGGAAAGAACAGCCGAAGGAAGACGCGCCAUCGUCUUCCAGUGGUUACGCAGAAGCGAGCUAUUCGCUCUCGGUUACAUCUUCAGCAGUUUGGCCAGUGUUAGUAAGAACAUCGUUGAUCGCAAGGCUGAGAAGUAUGUGAUUGAGGGCGAUAAACUCACACGAAACGACUACAAUCCUGAGAAUGAGCGCAAAGUCCAGUCACUACAAUGCUCGUCUGCACAUCUGGAUCGACGCAUGUUCUAUCACAAAGUGUGUCUUCAAUUGCUCGCUUCAUUCAGGUGCGAGCGUGCCGACUGGGAAGGAGCUCAAGAAGUGCUGGAUAGACUGACAGAAGACAUGCACUCGGACACCAUCGACGAGCAAGACUUUGUACAGGUAUCGGCGCUGUACUUGCUUGGCGUUGUCAAGCAGGCGACAGGAGAUUUGGACGCCGCUCUCCAGUUCUACAGAAGCCCAGCUCUAACGUUACAGCCCGGGCAGAAAGCAGCAGCAAACCAGGAUCUACGCAUCCUAUCCACACUCAACAUGAUCCUAAUCCUACGGCCACGACGCGCACACUUGAAUGAAGUCAAUACUCUCAUGGAUCUGGUAGAACCACUGUGCGUCAAUCACCCCAAUGCCAACUACAAGGUCGCAGUGCAAAUCGUCAGAGCAUCAUCAACAGAUGCACUUCCCAUUCUCAAAAUGAAGAACUACCUAUCAAUGUCUGCCAGCAUUGCCAAAAAGCAACAGAACACAUUGAUGCUCUGCAUGGCGAUCAACCUGAUGACAUCUAACUUCUUCGUGGACAUUAUGGGAGAAAAGGCGGAAAUGUCGGCAGGAGCGGGAAAGAAACUGGCCGACAGGACGCAAACACCACUCUGGCAGGCUGUUGCUAACCAGAUGCUGUCCAACACGUUCAACUUCGGAGGCAAGAGAGCGGAAGCUGGAGAAGCAGGUGCCGAAGCACAGAAAUGGAUGCAGAGGGUACCCGAGAAGGUUCAAGACAAGUUCGAGAUCAGAAGAUGA